CGGACGAAAUACAAAUAUAAAUUGAGACAGCUGUACUCUAUUUUUAUUUUGACGACAAUCUAGCAUUAUGGACUUCCUUGGAGAAAAAUCAAAGCUAUAAUAGAAAUAGCUAAAACUUUGCCCCUUCAAUCUUACGGUUUUCAUAAACUUCUUCCUAUCAAACUUGGCAGACAUGGCCAAAAUGCAGGCUUAUGAAUUACGAGCAAGAUCUGUGAAGGAGCUCAUUGACUCUGAAAAAGCAUACAUUGGUCAGCUAAGGACAAUCACAAAGUUUUUUGCAGAACCAUGUUCUUCAGAAGGAUUCCUAACUGCUGCAGAUCAUUCAAAAGUUUUUGGAGAGUUGCCUGUUUUACUGCAACUCAAUCUGGAGCUCCUAUCAGAACUCACUACUGGUAUUGAGAAUGAAUCUAUUUCUGACUUGCCUUCUAUUGAAAACUUGUCUUCUAAUCAGGAAGCAGCUUCUUCUCAAAUGCCAGACCUUUCUUGUUACCUGAAAGUGAAUGUUGGUGAGGCUUUCAAGAAAAUUGCACCUUUCCUGAAGACUUAUGCAUCAUAUGCUUCCAAGUAUGAAGCAGCUCUAAACAUUGUUCAGGAACAAGAGAGGUCAAAUGCUAAGUUGAAGUCCUUCCUGCGCAACACUGAGACACGUCCUGAGGUACAGUGUCGUCUUGUGUCACUGCUCAUUGCACCUGUACAGAGACUACCCCGGUACAAGCUUCUCUUGUCUGAAAUAUUACGACACACGCCUCCUGGUCAUCCUUUCAAGCAGGCAUUGGAAAAUAGUCUAGGUCUGGUGGUCGCGGCUGCCUGCCGCGUUGACGAGUGUGUUGGAGAGGGACAUCAGCUACUGCAGCUCGUGGUGUUGCAAAAGGCUUUACAGAGUCGGAAACCUCGCAUUAUAGCGCCGGGCCGUGCUUUACUGAAAUCUGGUCUCCUUUAUAAGGCCAAUCGUUCAGACAAAGGCUCUGUGGCAAGACUGAUCUUCCUUUUCACUGACAUUCUUAUGUACACAAAAGUGCCGUCCAAACCCCUACAAACUUCUGACAACCCUCUCGAUGAUCCAUACGGCAUCUCUAACGUGCUGAGCUACAGACCAGGCACACUGACAUGCUGCUGCGUUCUCCCUCUUCGCCACUGCAGCGUCAAACCUAUGUUGUCUGACACUGAUAGUACGCCUGUCUUCAGGCUUGUGUGUCAGAACGAAGACCUGACCUUGUACAGCAAACGUGGCAAGGCGGAAGGAGAGGCUUGGAUCAGAGCUCUGAAGGAAGCUAUCAGCGCCGCGGUCGCCAACAGACGCACCCUCAGGAAAGACUCCAGCGCCAAACGGCCCCUGCGACGAGCUCAGCUCAGGCGCGGGGAAGCUCUCACCGAAACCGACACUUCUCUGCAACAGCUCAAUGCCAGUUCUCCCUUAAAUCGUCUGACGGCUACGAUGCGAACAGUUCCAACGUCCCUCCCAUCUGACCCGCCGUCAACACCUUCAGAAUCAUCAUUUUCUCUUUCAGGCGCCUCUUUUAGAACCGUUUCUCCAUCUCCUCGAUCCCUCAUGAGCUGGUUAACACCUAGUAAACGAAAUAGUGGCGAUCCCGACCAGUCAAGUUUAUCAUACGAAACUAAUGCAGCCAACGCCACACAUAAAUACUCGGGUCAUUCAAAUCACCCGUCUCCGACCAGUGAUACUAGCACGAGGUCAGAUGUCCGUUCAAAGUACAGCAGCAUCCGGUCUCUUGACGCUAUCGGAGCAAAAUUUUCAUUGUUGAAGAAAAGUACUUUCAAGUCUAGAUUGGUCAAUGCCGAUCAGCCAGAAAACUUAAGUUCUCCCAGCAAGCAGAAUGUUGAUCUCUCACAAUUAAAUUCCCGUCACAGUGCCCGAAAAUAUUCUGGAACGGAAGCUCACUGUGUUUCGUCUGUAGGGGCGGCAAGUGUUCGAGAUUGCGAGGAAAGUCCAGUAAAAAUACGUGUUUUGGAAGGGAGCCCGUACAAACUCAUCACUCGACAAACUGACCCAUACCACAGCAAAUGGAACAGCGGUGAGAUCGGCGUGACUUCUCCAACAGCAAUUAAAGAAGAGCAGAAAACUUUAUCAUUGUCUCAAGUAGUAAAACCUAAAUUAAUCAAUCCGUUGCCUUUGAAAGAGAAUGUUAUUCCUUCAAUGAAACGCACGCAGAGUCCUGCUUAUUGUGUACAGCCCCUUAACGGUUAUGAUUUCAUAAAUCGUGACAAUAUAUUAACUGAGAGCAACAGUGCAGUAACAGCUGUUGCGAGCAACUUUCAGAAAAAGAGGAACCUGAGACGACGCUCAAAGUCUUGCUCACCUACUCGCGGAUUUGCCAAAUCAUCUUUCAGGGAGAACUCUACUUCUAAUAUUUAUGUGACCUCGCCGCACCGUUUAGCUCGGCCAACGAGGAGUGAUCACACACCUUAUGCUCGACCAACAUCGGCUACCUGCAGAUCGCCUUCCUCCAUCAUCGACUUUCCUGAUGUGAUCUACGAGACGCCCUGGGGCCCCGACUUCGAAGGAGUGGCUAAUAAACCGCCUUCAAAUUUCGAGGAAUCCUGGAGGAGGGAGAAAUUGUUUGGAAAGAAAAGGCCUCUUGGAGACUUGUUGCACAUUACUAAAUAGAGAAUCAAUUCUUUAUCUUCCUUUAUUGCUUUCCAGAAUGUUGUAUUCUUCCUAUUGUAACGUUUUUCUCGGUAUUUUGCAGUACAUUAGCUUAAUGAAGUUACAUUUAGUUACCUUAGUUACGUUGAGUUAAUUUUUGGACUGCCAAUUCUCUUGUAAACUUGGCUAUUAUAUGUCGGAAGUUGGGCUCUAUAAGUACUAUUAAAGAUGAUACAAUUUCCUAUUUGUACGGAAUUAGUUAUGGUCAAUGUCUCGUGGUCGUAUACAAGUAAACCUCUUUUAAUGGGACUGAAGCCUUUCACUUCCAAAAGCCCACGACAUUUCAACAUCCAUGGCUUCAUAAACUGUGACAAAUUACAAGUUCACAGCAACAUGUAUCCAUUCACUGGACAGCUUCAUUUCUUUUAUUUAUGUGAUGGUUUGCUUUAGUUCUUGUUUUGGUUUAGAAUCGUACCGAAGGAAUAGGUGAAGCAAAUGACCAGCAGCUCCGAAGUUGCCGUUACUUCAUACAAAGAUUAGUGGACAAUAUUUUGCUGUUUAUAACCGCUGAAACUCAUCAGCUUUGUUUAAAUAGAAGAAAACCAGUAUUGAUUCAAAUACCCUGAAUUUUUAAAAAUCCCAUUUUGACUUUAAAUCUCUCUUCAUUUCAAUCUUUCUGUCUCGAUCUACUAAGGUUGUAGUUAUUAAACUUUUUACAAUGCGUCAUCAAUUUUUAAACUUAUUUUUCUUCUUCUUCUUUUACUUUGACUGAUUUUUUCUCCCUGAUUAGUCAAUUUACCAAACGUUUUCAUAUUCGUUGUAUACUUUUAAGUGUUAAGGUUUGUUCGAUGAAUUCUAUGCAAAAUUUAUAAUUACCUUCUCAUUAUAAUGGAUCUGAUGUCUACCUCGGUAAUCUCUCGAUAGAUCUGACUGCAACCUAAGAUAACGUAACUCGGUAUAUAAGAUUAGAAAUUAGAGACGUGUUCCGUAAUGGAGAUAUUUUGACGACGAUGCAAUUUUUAAUGAUAAGAGUAUGUAUUUAGAAUUCAUUUUUAUGCUUAAACAGGUUUACAAAGUUCUUCCUUUAUUCUUUAAGUUUGUUAGAUUGCGUCAUGGUUUACAAAGCUGUAUUUGUAUACUGAUCAGUUUCACUUAUCAAAUCAAAUGAUUUCUGAAAUUUAUAGAACAUUUGUUUUGUUGGGAUUGAACCUUGAAUGCUUAAUAUUUUUUAAAUCAUCAUAACUAGGAUGAUUUUAAGGUUUCAUCCGUAAGCAUAUUUUUCGAAAUAUCUUGUCAUCGACAAUUAAUCUUCUGAAUUAUGGAAAACUGGUAGAUAAAUAUUGGGCUUCAUCGGAACGGAUUAUUUUUCAACGUAAUGUAUUGAUAUGAAAUGUGUAAGAACUCCUAAGAAUUGUAGGCUUAUAUUAUUAGAGUUUGCUUAUGUCGAACACAGGUAGUGUGUUUUCAUUCGUUUCUCACGCAUGACUCUGUAAAUCCACAAAUUUUCAAAAUACAGCCUUCAAGGUAACUUUUUACUAAG